GGUUAGUAUUGUUUGGCCAAGAUAAGAUAACAGCUGGGAAGCAGGAAAGAUCGAUGUCGUCUCCGCCGGUGAAGCUCAUCGGCUUCUUCGGGAGCCCGUACGCGUUCCGCGCCCAGGCGGCUCUUUGCCUCAAGGGCGUGCCUUACGAGCUCCUCCUGGAAGACCUGUUCGGGACCAAGAGCGACCUCCUGCUCAAGCUCAACCCCGUGCACAAGAAGGUGCCCGUGCUCCUCCAUGGCGGCCGGGCCAUCAGCGAGUCCCUCGUCAUCGCCGAGUACAUCGACGAGGCCUUCGACGGGCCGCCGCUCCUGCCCACCGACCCAUACGGCCGCGCCAUGGCCCGUUUCUGGGCUGACUUCAUCGAAAACAAGCUGACGAAGCCGUUCUUCAUGGCGCACUGGGUCGAAGGCGAGGCGCGAGAGAGGUUCGAGAAAGAGGGCUUGGAGCUGCUGUCGCUUCUGGAGGCGCAGCUCAAGGGGAACAAGUUCUUCGGCGGCGACCGGCCCGGCUACCUCGACAUCGCCGCCUCCGCUCUGGGUCCCUGGAGCAGCGUGAUUCAGGAGGUGAUGGGGGUGACCGUGGUGAAGGAGGACGAGCACCCCGCCAUCGUCCAGUGGGCCAAGGAUUACAGCUCCCACCAAGCUCUGAAACCGUGCAUGCCGGACAGAGACAAACUCCUCGCCUACUUCACCGAGAACCUGGAGAGGUACAAAACUGCUGUCAACACAAUGUUGCAGCAACAGUGAUACAUUAGGGGCAAGAAGAACACGCCUCUGCGCCUGGAUCGCAGUGAAAUAUAUGUGCAUGCCUUUUUUCUGCCAAAUAAAUAUGUGCAUGUCUCACAUGAAUGGAUUUUAAUCAGGUCUGCUAAACUUUAUUUUGAUUCAGUGCAACAGUACUCUUGUUUC